GCUUGCUUGCGUGUAAUUCUACUUCCUGUUGGAAAUCUCCCUGAGCUGAAACAGGUUCUAUCGACUGUUUAGGAAUCAAGUAAGUAAUAUCAAUAAGUAUGCACAUCUUCCAUACCAUGUCAGUAGCACGCCAAGUACAUCUCAGGCUUAUACACCCCUUCCUCCUCCCCACAUCAACACAGUGGAUGCUGAAGAAACUCGCAAUAGUGUCAUCUCAAGAAAGAUCCCUCACAUCUCACCUGUCAACCUUAAGGGGGCCCUCUCAACAGGUUUCCAGAACAGAGGAACAAAACAGGUGGUGUUUGCAAAGCAGAGAAAACUUUCAGAAGCUGUGGUCUGUGGGUGUGCCUUUAAGAAGCUAUGUGUCCCAAAAGGAUUACUGCUAUCCUGUUGUGGACGAGGACGAGUUGGAGGAGCAGCAUGUCCGGGGUAGUGGGCCGGGGGGACAGGCAGUCAACAAGACAGCCAACUGUGUGGUGCUCAAACACCUGCCGACCGGGAUUGUUGUGAAGAGCCAUGAAUCCCGAUCGCUGGACACCAACAGACGGACAGCCCGGCUGAAACUACGAGACAAACUAGAUCUGCGGAUGAACGGAGAAAACAGCUUCCAGAUGAUGCAGCGCAGGGAGGAGAUGAAGCGAAGAUCACAGAAAAAGAAGAAGACAAAUGAAAGACUCGAAAUGAAGAAAGCGUUUAAGCAAGAAAUAGAAAAGACAAAAGAAGAGUAGCUCAACGUUCACAUCAUAUUGACAAACAAUUUUGAGCCCUUGGGAUUGAAUGUGAACUUGGUCGUUGACAUGUGUGGAUAAUUCAUGGUUUGAAAUAGCAAGCCUAAACAGUAUCAGGUGUUUGUACAUCUGGACAGAGGUUGCGACAUUCCUGCAUGCAUUCCUAGAUCCAAAGAGUGGGAGGUGCAAGGCUGUGCACUUACACCCCACUUUAUAGCAUGACAAACCUGAAAACAUAUAAAAAAAACAAUUGACUAAA